UUGAGCUUGUCAUUUGGUGGUGACCUUGAGCCGUUCGCCUUGACUCCUUCAUCUGCUGAUGUUAUCAAUGCGUCGUUAAGAACCAGCACACAAUCAGAGGUGUUGGAAAAGAGGAGAACUCCGAUAGUCUCUCGUACUUGGGUUAUGCAGGGAGAGUAGGGAGCUUAACCAAAUGCCGUUUUUUUUGCGACGGACUACAGCCGGAACUAGGUUUUUUGUGUUCUUGGGCAGUGGUUUUGCCCAAAUUUUUCGGACAUAUCGUCCCUAUGAGAGUAAACACACUUGGCAAUACAAUUUGGGUCACUUCCGGUUGCCGUCAGAAGCUCAAAAACACCUUUGCUUAAACUCCCUAAUAACUGUUACGGGUAUACAAUAGUGUCUUUUGUGUCAGUCAACCAGGACAGGCUAAAUGAGCCGGCAUACCGCUGCGAAUUUGUAAUUGUUCUUCUCAAUUAUCUCUUGUUUAGAGGCAUACCUUGAGAGACGACAUAGGCACGAAGAUGAAAGAGAAGAUUAAAAGAUGACCACUGAAUGGAAUUCCCAAGUCCCUCAAAGCUGAUACGCUAUCACACGACCGACUGAGGUUGGUAAACUCACCUUGUUAGUUAGUGACUGUCUAUAAAGCGCAGUUCUUAUUGCGCUUGGGCUACCUGUGCAAACACCGGGUAAUCUUGGCAGGGUGGCAAAUCACUAGCAUAAAAUAAUGGGCGAAAAACGCCCAAAAAGUAACUUUUGGACGUACGGACGAAACGUGCCCAGAAUGCACUUUUGGACAACAAAAGUGCAGUCAAACUAAUAUGCGACAACCGCACAAAAGCUUGAAAUGUGUAGAAGGCCCAAAAAUAGCCUUUCGGCGUACUAAAAAACACAAAAUUCACGGAAUUCCAUGUGGGCAAUGGGGCAAAUACCUUCACGUUGUUAAAAGAGAAAUUACUUCAAUGUCAAUGGCGUCAAAAUCUCAAAGUUUGAUUUUUGAAGAGUCAAACUAAAAAAAUGAUACCAAAAGACGCUCUAACAGAUAUGAACGUCAAACGUUCAUAAUUCGUUGUUGGGUGUCGAUAAAUGCCAGUGAACCCUGCUGCAUAGGCCUUUGACCGCCCUGUACUCAAGGCAACAAAUUCCAGUGGCUUAAAGUAAAACUGUAAAGGGCAGUAGCCACGUAGAACUCCCUUGCAGUUCACAAGGCCACUCGGACUGUGAAAGGCCGCAGAAGUUGUCAUGAAACGCCCUAAAAUUCCCAUGUGGACUACCGAUGCCUGUAAGAGAACAAUAGCAAAUCCACGUGUGGGUGACAAUGCCCAAACGUUACUUUGGAGCUUGAAAGGCUAGAAAUAUGCCUUUUAUUAUGAGUUAAAUUCAUCAUGAAAAACGCCCAGCAAAUUACAUGAAAGACCAAUGUCAGUCAGUCAUAGAAAAGGGGGGAGAAACGCCAGACUCUGUAAAGCGAAAAAGGUAGUCGCAAUCAAAUUUACUUCCAAGCGAUGCCCUGUUAUUUCUAGAGAGGGUAACCCCAGGUAAAACUAUUCAGGGGCAAACGCCACACAAACUCUAUAGUGGCGACAAACGCCUUAAAUCGAUCUAAAUUCAAUUUCGAGCCACAAACUUUGGUUACAUUGUAAAAGCUGACCAGCACUCUACAAUUCAUUUUUGGGUUAAAAUGAGCAGAGGAACGCUCAAUUGUCACUGUCUAAGGACAACUGACUCUAGAAAUGUAACAGGUCAUAAUACAACUUCGAUCGUUAAAAGCCGGUAAUCAAACUUUAACGGUAGAAUUUGCUUAGAAUUCACUAUCGACUAAGUGACAAAAGCCACUUAAAUUUUAAGGCUUGCAAAGCCCUGUAUCUUUUGGUAAUCGUUGUAGUUGCCUAGCGCCCCUCAUAAAAGGCUGAUGAUCAAAUAAAUGAGUAAAUAAAUAAAUAAAUAAAUAAAAUUCUUUAUUGGAUACCAUCUACAAGGUGGUUCUUCCAGUAAUUUUACAACGUAUAUUUCAACAUGCGAGUGAAAACUUACCCAAACAGUACGGCUAAUCUAGCCGGGUGGAGCAAAUCAGAUAGACUGUAACACACUGAACGUCGAAAUAAAUAGAGGCGUUCAUGUACCAUUCUUUUUAGAAAUGAAAUUUAGAAACGUUGACUUUUGGGGAAGAGGGAGAAUCCGGAGCACCCUCAAGGGUGAGAAACAGCAACAAGUUCAAACCACAUACGGCGCCGAGGCCUAGCCUUCAACCUGGGUAAAGUUGUUGGUGCUCUUAUCACUGCCCUUUAAGAGGUACUGAAUUCACCUUCUUUCCUCUAAUAGCUUGUAGAGUUAAUUAAAACUAUCUUUCUGGAACUCUACAAUGACAUUAACUGACAAGAAUACUCAUCGUUAUGUAUCAGGCACACCUCAUAAACUCACAUGGGCCAAAUAUUCAGCAUACAAUAAACUCUGAUGUCUAUUAAUAUUUCAUUUUAAUGAUCAGAUGUCAUCAAUUUCAACUUCUUGUCUACUUGGGAAAAACGUUUUUACAAUCAACUGCCCCUCUGAAACUACGCGGGGCAGGUUUAAAUAGGUAAAGGGAAGAAAAGGUUUCAAAUUAGAAUAAUUAUGAGUACCUUUCAGUGUUACAAUUAUUACGACUAUUGUGACGAAAAUAGAAUUGAUAAAGAGUUAGAUGGUAUGUCUAUUUAAAGAUCUUGGAAUUACUUACUUGUUAAUUCGUGCAACUAUUUUAAUUACCAUAAUUUAAUCAGAAAAGUACUUUUUAUCAAAAACAAAAGUCCUCAAUUGCAGAAAUAUACAAAUUAUCUAACGUGCACGUGCACUAUCGUGUGUUCUUUAAAUGCAUUUUUAAAAGUUUUGUCGUUGCUUUCUCAACCAGGUCAACGACAUAUGACUGGGACAACAAAAUUGCAUUUUAAACGAUAAAGAAAAUUCUCUUCUAAUUUAUAACCAUUAUGGUAAUGUCACCGUCCCUCCUUUUGAGAAAAAUAGACUCGAAAGAAAGACAGCCAGCAAGGGAUUUUUCUCCUUGGCCAUCCUGAAAAAGGACGGAAAGUAACAAAAAGGGGGUCCAAACAGGAUUCACGGGUUAAGCAGAAGUUACGUAAAGAGAACCAAUCAGAACACAAGUUUAGUCAUGUUCAUUUCCGUUUGAACCUGUAGAUUUAUCAAAGGCGUGGUAACAUAAUACACACAAACAAAUUGAAUGAGUUAGUCUAGUUUUCUUUCAGUAACUCAUAAAAUUUACAGUAAGUCUAUCAUGAACGAUUACGAUAUUAAAAUUCUCAAAACCAGUUCAUUGAGUACUUACAUGAAAAAAUCAAAGAAGCAAAAGACAGCAAUAAAAAAGUAAUACACUGUAUAUUUAUCAAAGAUUUCCAUUAAGUUGACAAAUAAAUGGGGGGAGGGGGGGGGCUUAAAGGGAGUAAAUGGACGAACUUAAAGUCCUGAUGAUAGUGACCCCGAAGAAUGACAAAAAAAAACAUUAAAAUGAUGACAAGUAAUAAAAUGACAAGAAAAGCACUUUAAGGACACAGCGAAUAAAACAAUUAACAGCAAUUAUAAAAUAAGCGAUUUACAGAUCUACAAUAGCGGACCGUUUCACACCAAGUUAGAUAUAAAGUUUUCAGAAUGAUACUUGUAAAGCUGGGUUUUUUUUAAGGACUGAUGAAGUACAAGUAUGGCGUAAAUCAAAGACGACCAUUAUUACGGUUGAAGAAAAAGUCCCUAAAGAACUAGUUAAGUAAGCAUCGAGGGCGAGGAUACAAGUUACUAACAGCACUCGUAAUUAUAUUUGUUUUGAGUAAGUGCUGUUGCGCCUCAAAAUAAAACAACAAUGCUUUGGUUACUUACAGCUUAAAUAUAGGGUGUUGCUAUGGUAACGUGCAAUGUCAAAAGCUGUCACCAUUAGUUGCUCCCAAUAAACACUUUGAAAGCCGUGUUUUAGAAAUAUUUUUACACAAGAACAACGACAAGUAACUUCAUCUCAACCAUAAGUAACCCCAAACUGUAAAUUAAAUGUUGUCCCCAGUGUACUGCAACUUUGAGCCGGUAAAAAUUAAGGAUGCAACUCGUAACAUUACAUCUCGUGCGAACCAUCCGAAGUAGAGGAACUAGUUACAAGACGAUGCACAUGCCCUUUUGACAUGCACGUGCACACACAUGUGCAAGGCAAUCUUUUAUUCCCUCUUAUGCAAGUUUGUAAAUAUUUAACAGCAACAACAACAACAACAACAUCGGCAAAUGUCGAAAAUGCCGAAAAUGAAAUCGGUCCCACAUUCCGGACAAUAACGUUUUCUCUUACAUCUCUUGGGCAGAAAAAUACUUAUUGAGGUAUUUAUAAGGUAUCUUCAAUUCGACAAAGUCUUGAAUUCAUUAAAUAAAUUACAUAACAUUCCUCGGGAUAUAUCCAAUGGGCAGGGGUCCUGUAUGUUACUACGUAGAUUUUGUUUCGUAUAAACUUGACGAAUCAUUUGAUCUCGUUAAUUCGCGCAGCCUCUUAGGUGACUGACGCUAUUACCGUUGUUGAAGAGAACUUUUCCUAUUUACUGCUGUCCAUAUACCGGUCAUACUGCUCCACCAAAGUGGGUAACUGGGGAAGUAGGAGUUUUGUGGCUAAGAGAAAUUUUACACUUUUCUUGAGUCCUCGGCCAGACUUUCCUUGUUUCCCCGUUAAUUGACGCAUGCGUCUUAUUCAGUUCUGGGUCGCUUUUUAAGCGCGGGCACAGCUGCCAGGAGAACGUAUUACCACACGUGGAUCUCACUUACGCUACAGUACAUUCCCAUCUCGCUGAUAGAGAAAACUUGGUCUCACCGCUCCUCCAGUCACGGUUGUCUCCUCCGGUCAUUUCUCUUUUCCUGAAAUCCACUGUCGAUCGACGAACUUUGCCCUUUCUCUUCAAGGUUCAUUCAGAGGUUUUAAUUUACAAUGAAGGAUGCCCAAAAGAGGACUACGAAACAAAAUAUGGUAAGUACAAGUUCAUGUGCCCCCAACGUUCUGUCAUUGCCACAUUUGUCCUAUCCUCAGUUGCUAGACUUUGCUAAAAAGUUUAAUAAGUCUCGAUGUCAUUUACCAGAAAUAUUUGUCCGCAGCUAAGUUUUAAAGAUGUUUAUUUUAUUGCGUUUUUUGUCAUCGAUGAUUUCUGUUUCGCCUCCCGGAAGGUGGUUACUUCAACCGGUUCAUCUUUACCAUCUUUCUUGUUCACGACUUUUAGAGAUUUUUCAGUAAUGUAGGUUAUCUUGAGGAAGUCCAAAAUGUCCUUCUUGUGUACACACUCUAAGAGAAGUUGUCCACCGGCAAAGAUUAAACAAAAAUAAGAGUUCAGUAAACGUCACUAACUUUUUAAUGACAAUUUUAUCCAUUUUGCCACGAGACUUGUGGUCAGUGUUUAUUGCAAACCACGCGAAAAGUAUCAAAUUUUAAACAAGGAAGUUGUAUAGCAAUGAAACAAAAUGAAAUCUAGAAACAUUACAUCGUUUCAUAUGUAAUAAACAACAGCUUUCUUGUUAAUAACAGGAAAUAUAUACUUGCUUACGUCUAACUUUUGUCUGUUUUAAUGUUGUUGUUUUUUCUUACUGAGUGAGAGGGUGGUGGGGGGAAGUUGGUUUUUCUGCACGUUUUAUGACCUUCAAAAUUAAAUUAGUGUCUUUGUAAGGCAAUCUUUCUCGAUUUAUAAGAGUUUUAUUGGCCUGGCAAGAUGAGCUGAUAACCGUAAUUCGUUUGCCGCCAUUAAGCGUAUUAUGCGAUCAUAGUUUUAGUUACGCUUCCUUUGUUCAAGCUGUUUCAAAAAAAAUGACAGCGUGUUUCGUGACCAGAUGUUUGUUUGACUUUGGGGUUUUUCUUGAUUGGGGCUUAACAGAUCAAAGGAUUUUUAAUGAAUCUUUUUAAUAAUUCAAAGUGAAAAGCUUUUCCUCCGAAUGGUUCAUUUUAGUCAAAACAAUAAAGAAUUGUUUUUGAUAACAUUGAACAGAAAGUUAAUCAAGUCUCCUGCGAGUAAGAAAACAAGAACUGUUUCCUUAAAUCUUCACGUGAUGUAGUUCUAACUUUAGAAUCUGAGGGAGAAAUCCUAUGGUGCUAUUAUUUAAAUGAAUCAAAACCUCUUCAGCAGUAUCUGUGAGUGGUGCUAUUCGUUUUGAAUAUUUUGCAAAGAGAAAUUUAGAAUUUUGCCUAAUAUUAUAAAGAUUAAGUCGCCCAGAUAUCGAGAUAUCAAUCACCUAAUUUCAUCGAUACGUUUUUGUUUUGCACCAAAUAACAGCUUAAUUGAAUGAAAAAGAUUCCUUAAAACAAAAUACACUAAGUCCAUCAAAUAAGACAGCAUGUUUUCUGUGCGAUACAAAGUUGAGAUUUAUCAAAUCAGGUUGGUUCCGUGAGGAACAUUCCAGACAUAAGAAUCACCAACAGUGAAUCAACCAGGACAUUGUCUUUCAAACGUCAGAGUGAAUUAUAGAAAAUGGACUCCAUUUCAAGAGCAGCUGUCUUUUAAAGAUGCUUUCAGGUCUGACGUAAAUUUUACCGUCCAAACUUGACCAUCUAAAACAUAGGGGCACCCAAUGACUUUUUUCUGUAAAAUACCUGUUCGGAGAAGCAAAAUUGCGUUAAAAUUUUCUAUAGCUUGAGGAAGGCUAAAAAUUUCUAGAUGAACACUCCAUUCAUGUACAAUUUUCGAAGCUUAUCUAAUAAAUUCCCUACGAUUUUCUGAAGUAUAAUUUUGUGCAUUUUAUUCCCCAGGUUAAGCUAUUUUCGUAGAAAAAGAAAAGUAACCUAAAAUUUUAGCAUUCAAAAAUGUGAUGGAGAGAGGAAUCAGAUAAAUUCUUCUUUAAAUUGCAUCUAAAAUUUCGUGAAAGUAAUACUGAAGCCCGUGUAACUUCGAAAAGACUAAGUUGCCCUAGGAUGACCGAACAGAUUUGAAAUUCUGUAGCACUCUGAAUAGCCUAGAAAGAGUUUUCAAUGUAUGUAGGAGGAAACCGUCGUUGGGUGCCCCUGAAAACAUACUUCUCUUCGUAAGUGAGGUCGGUGGCGUAAGCUUUUUUUUACGUUCAGUAACUAUAAUAGGUGCAUGAAUUUUAAAAAUAGAAUACAAUAGACUUGUGCAUAAGUGAGCAUUUUAUUCUCAGCAGCGUUCAGUGAAUGCAAGGAACGGCACAAGAAGAAUCAGCUGUUACUUCUUGUAGCCGGAUCUACAUGUUCGUAACAAACGUCAAACUAUUUCAAAUGUGAGGCUGAAAGAAUUGAAACACUCUUUUCUAGAUCAACCAUCACGUGAAUUGAUUGACGAAGCAAACGGCUCUGAUUGGUCAAUUUAGAGUCUGUUUUUCGCCUUAAGUUGAAGGUUGACAAAAACUAACGAGCUUUCACGUAAUAUGUAUAAACUUGCCAGUUUAUACAAGAACGCUAUCUUUGGCUUUGUGGCGGCGUUUUUUCAAACGCUCGGAUGCAAAGAUAGCUAGAAAUAUACAAAAUCAGCUAAGAUAAACACAAACGUUUUUAAAAUCUAUACAGAGACGAUAAGAAUGAUAUGUAAGCUAUGAAAAGUUGUAAAACCCUUACAUUGCGCCCACACAAAUACCUUCCAGUCCAUCAGGUGUAGGCUAAAAUUCAAAAUUCCGGAUCUUCUUUUUUGAGAAUUUAAGAGAUUUUAAAAAAAGAACUUUACAAAGUCUUGGGUAUUUUUUGCGAUGACGAGUAUUUUGUUAGGUUUUAAGCUUCAGGUGACGAUAAAAAAAAUCAGUUUAACUCAGGAAAAAGGUUAUCUUUUUGCGAUUUUCCCAGUGGCCAGGUUGGAGGGCUGACGCUUCUCUUGUGUUCUUUCCGAUGAAACGGCACAAAGAGUUUUGGUGAUUUUUCCGGAAAUUUGUAUAUACGCCUACAGUGGAACCCUGCCUGAUCGUCUUCCAGGGACCAUCGAUGACCAGUGAAUACUUGGUCGUGUUAACGUGUUGGUCAUAAUAACUAAAUCAGCAUUACCAUACUAAGCGUUUCUAGAACAUGUCUUCACAGUUUAUCAUUUAAUUCUAUAUAGAAUGAUCGAUGAUUCCGUAUUUUCCACGCCUUUCGAUAAAAGAGUGCAUACGGGUUGUCAGAUCGAAUGUUUCCGACUCGCCAUCCGGCAAAAUGUAAGGAAGAUAGCAACUAGGCAUGGUCAAAGGUCGUCUUAGUCUUAUAACAGGAUGGUAGAAUAAAGAAAUAAAUGGACCUUGACUUGGUCUAGAAAAAAAGCGUCUGUAAUUACAGAAUGGUCGUAUGGCGGGCAUCCACUGUACUUGCAAAGUGUACGCUAAUGUCGUACCCAGAUCACUUUACGGUUUCGACGACAAGAAAUCUGGGUACAAGAUUAAGCGUACGCAAAUGAAGCUAUUAAGAUUAUCUAACAAACGGAAACUGUUACAUAGUACACUUUUCGUUUGUGGAAUCACCCUUGAGGUUUCUCUAAUAUUCCCUCUGUGUUUCAUUAGUAAGCCCUUAGUUUUACCUCCACCAGAGGCCUCGUUUCAGCGGUUUUUCAUGGAAACGAGUUCAAAUGGUUAUUGUGAAUUCUUUCAACUCAUUAACCUCGUUUGCAUACCUUGUGAGUAUUUCACCGCAUGCUCAACCGUGAUAAAAGUCGUGUUAAAAUUAUUUCUACACUCUAUUUCAAACCGUGUGUUUGACGCUUUUCCUUAUAAUUUGGCCUCGCACCAGGACUUUUCGCUUUUUGUUUCAAGGUCGUUUGGAAGCCUAGGUUGAUUAUGAUCAAUUCUAUUUGGCGUUGAAAAAGGGCCGUCUUGUGUAA